UCAUAUCUUUCGCGAAUUCUCAAGUAAUUGCGAGUUCUCUUGCAUAUUUCCUUAUUUCAUUUGAAACUAUAAGUACAGGCGUAUUAUAAAAAGGAAGUUAAAUUGCUACCAACAUCAUGUAUGUAGUGACCGUUAAAUUUGUGAAAAGUUUGAAUAUAUGAUAAGCAAAUCCGCACAUGACGCAAAGUACGACGCUCACUGUAAAUAAAUAAUGACCUAAUUGUACCUUACGUCUUAGCUAUUUUCGUUACUCCUUGGUACACGACGGUCUUCAGAUUUCUGAAUCAGUCUUUGAUCAGAAGGCUUAUGCUACACAGGAUUUCAAAAGAUAGUGAGGGCAACUUUCGAAAAGGGCUUGCCGGUGAAGUGAUUUCUAGUUGUAAUUGAUGAAGUGCGCAGUUACUGUGGUUUAUUGCAUUUGAACAUCGUUAUGUUCCGUGCGAAGAUGACAUUAGAAUGAGUGCAAUGUUUUGUACUAAAAUGCCUCAUUACGACGAGAGUUUUAUUCAUGAUGAUAAUUUAAAUCAAAGGCGUAAUAAACGCAGUUAUCGAGUAUACAAAAACGGUGCAAAUCCUAUCAUCUUAAAUGAAUCAAAUGCUGUAAGAGCUUUUGAAGUUAAAGGCGAUUUAAAGCAUAUAAGAAAUCGAAAAAAUCGCGGUAAUCGUUAUAAGUUUGAGAAAUCUCCUAUACAGGAAGGUAAUUAUAUUCAAUAUAAAACACCAGAUAUACUAAUACAUUGUCCAAGCAUAAGUGUCUUCGAUCCAAGUAAGUUAAAUGAUAUAAGAAAUAAUAAUAUCGUGACGUUGACGCCUUGUAAAAGCUUCGACAAUUUGACAUUGAAACAGACAAAAAAGGACAAAUCGUUUAAUGAAACUUUACGAAACGGAAUAAGCUUACAAAAUUUAUCGCGCGAUGAUAGCCUGAAGCAUUAUACAUCACCAUUAGAAGAGAGAUAUCCUCCGAGAAAAGGUGACGUCAGAAAUUCUUAUUCAAUUGAAGAAGCUCGUCGAAGACCUGCUCAUAGAAAGUAUUCAAGGGGUACAGCUGCACCUGGAGUUGGUGUUUAUCGAAAAAUCAACGGUGACGUUGACAGGAGUGCUAAAGAAAACGAAGCGUGUGCUGAAGGCGGUUCAGGUCAUCGAGGGUCCUUGCGUGGCGCCAAUAAGUUAGCACGGCGCGCGCGCUCUUUCAAGGACGACCUAUUAGAGCGUAUAUCCAAUAUGCGUUCGCCCGCGCAGGCGCCGCAUCCGCCACAUCUCUCGAAUAUCAGAUCACAUUCUCCGCUCAGUCCAAAACUUCGAAAUAUGGGAAAGGCGAAUACGCCGCAAGACAAUGAAACAACUCCCGCCAAAGAACUCGAACGGCUAGUCAAAGAGGUCAGAUUCGGCUUGAAGCACUUCUCCGAUGUCAUCACUAAGAGGAAAUUGGAAAUGUUGCCGGAUAACGGCACGAUCGUGUUUGAAUCGAUCGCAAACAUACAUAAGGCAAUAAAACCGUACUGCGGUAGAUCGCCGUCCCUCAUGAGUGCUGUGAAGCGAUUAUGCACAGCAUUGGCCAUGCUAAUUCGACUAUGUGAUGAAGUCGCGGUCGCCAGUCUUCGAUCUAACGCCGACGACUCAGAAACCGAGAUUUCCACCGCAGCCUUGUCUCCGGAGAAUGUUAAUUCUGUGGUAAAAGGACUGAAGUUGGCGGUAGAAGAAGUGGCGAGUCUUGCGCAACAGUAUAUGGCAAGGCCGGCAUUGUCGCCUCGUCCGGCGGUUGUUUCUCCGCGGGCAUCGACCCAGAGGAAUUCUUUGCCUGAUAUACCGUUAACGCCCAAAGAGAGAUCUCUACUCACGGGAGAGCCAGGGACGGAAAAUAGCGGCGUACGCGCAUCACAUUCAUCAGAGUCGAUACUGGAUGCUCCAGACACGCCCCCACCCAAACCGGCAAGGCCUAACCGGAAAAUCGAGUUGGCCCCACCGUUGCCGCCUAAGCGCAAGUCGGCUAACGACAACUCGCUGUUAGGAGUCUCGAUUGACAGUUUAUCAAUGCAAUCACAUAGUAGCGGCUCUCAAGACUCGAUGUUGAACGUCUCAAAUGACGAAGAGAGGAAUACUCAUGAUUCAAUGAAUCAUGUUUUUAUAACUCAACCCAGUACAGAUUUAGUCAGUAUAUGUAAUUGUAACAAUUUAAAUGAAAUGAGGACCUCGGUGGAGUCACACGAAUCCCAUAUGAGUAACGCUCACUCUCAUAAUCGAUUCUCGAACGAGUCCGGCUUUGUGUCUGUGGGCCACUCAGAGAUGUCAACAGAACACAGCUUCACGUCCACCUUUUCGUCACAUCACUAUUCUAGUCACACGGACAGUACUUUUGAAAGUACAGAGUAUGUGAGCGGAAUGAAGUGCACAGUGCAAAAUGAGACCCGCAUGAAUAUAAUCAGUAUGAACAGUGUAACAUCACAUAAUACAAAGUUGGAGAGCAUAACGUCAGACGAGGGCGAGACGCCGCCAGAGUUGCCGGUGAAGACUCGUCGUAACAUUCGCGCUGAUGUGCAACAACAUUUCCCCAAUGUUGAAAUCAGAAAAAGUCCGCCAUUUUCACUACAUGACGCAAGACCGCACACGUUAGCCGAACAUAACCACCAGCGACCGCCACCAUUACCGCUCAAGAAGAAACACAUGUUUCAAAGCGUCGCCUACAGUGUUAUGGCGUAUAUGGAGAUGUUUGGUAACUGCAGUCACACGAUGAAUGCCCAUCCCCAGAUAAAUCCGGAGGCUCCACCUGAUAUGGCAUUCAGGCAUUCUAUACACACAUAUAAUUUGUCCAGCGCUCAACACAGCAGUACGGGCAGUCUGAGCAUAGGUCACCAUCAAGUUCAACGAUCUUUGGCCUCAUCAAUAACGGUUCAGCAUUUGAGUACACCGCCACUCAGUGGGUCUGAAGACAGCGUUAGUAUGAUAACAUCGAAUAGAACAAGUCCAUUACCGAUUGAGCCGCCGGCGCUACCUCCAAAGAUGAACAAAAACAAACAGGUUUCGAUUACCUCAAGCAACGAAUUGUUACCUCCGCCAUCGCCGCGACCUUCCUCACACAACAGUAGUUCUGCAGAUGAAUCAAUGCUCAAUAAUGUGAGUACUGAAGAGAUGUAUGUGUCUUCGCCAGGCAAGUUUCCACUUGAUGAGGAUGAGAUUGAUCGACUCGCGUCGCGAGCACCUUCGCCUGUACCCUCACAGAGAAGUGAAAGCAGUACAGAGCCGACUCAAACUGAAACUGAAAAAUCUGCAGUCGUACCAGAUUCGGAAGAUAUAGUCCUUCAAACGGAUGUCAGUACAUGGCUCUUACUCAAAGGCCCGACGAAAGAGGGCGUUGAUGUAAGGGGUGGACACCCAGAUGCCCUUAUAGUGCUCGCCACUAAGGCUACCAAAGAAUCGGAUGAGUACUUCGCGUACCAGGAAGCGUUCCUGGCAACGUACCGUACGUUCCUGGCACCGCACGAGCUCGUCUCGCGAUUGGUGCGGCGGGCACAUCACUUCAGACCGCGUCCGCACGAACUAAGAUCCACACUCGGUCUGCUUACCAGAGUUAUUGCUGACCUCACAAUGUCGGAUCUGGACAGGGAAUUGAUGCAACAAAUUAUGGAAUUUAUAUAUUGGCUUGUUGAAGCUGAAGAAUUGCCUAUUUCUAAAGCGUUACGACAGAUUCUGGUUGAUAAACAAAAACAACUGCACUUCCAAAAUACGAACAACAGAUUCGAAUAUGAUCCAUGCUAUGGAACAGUUUCCCUCCGACGGGACACCUUACUGGACUUUAAGGCAUCUGAAUUGGCCGAACAAAUGACAGUACUAGACGCGGCUUUAUUCGUUCGAAUAACGACUGCGGAACUUCUCUCAUGGCCAAGAGAUCAGUCGGAAGAGAAGUCACCAAACCUUACGCGUUUCACGGAGCACUUCAAUAAGAUGAGUUUCUGGGCGCGAUCGAGGAUUUUAGAGCAGGAUGAAGCACGCGAACGCGAGAAGUACGCGAGCAAAUUUCUCAAAGUUAUGAAGGCAUUACGUAAAAUGAACAACUUUAACUCCUACUUGGCUCUCGUAUCGGCGUUAGACUGCCCUCCGGUUAGAAGAUUGGGGUGGGCCAGAGCUAUAGAAGACACAUUGACCGAUCACUGUGCUUUGAUUGAUUCAUCCAUGUCCUUCCGCGCGUAUAGACAGGCGCUAAACGAGACGCAGCCUCCCUGUAUACCUUACAUAGGCCUCUUCCUGCAAGACCUAACAUUUGUACAUGUGGGAAAUCAAGAUUUAUUACCCGACGGCAGCAUCAACUUCACAAAACGAUGGCAACAAUACCACAUAAUGGAGAAUAUGAAGCGAUUCCAUAAAGAACAAUACAAAAUUAAGAAGAACGAUCGCAUUCAGGCGAUGUUCAACGAGUUCGACGAUGUCCUAAGCGAAGAGACGAUGUGGCAAAUAUCUGAAAGCAUCAAACCUAGAGGCGGACGCGCUCGUAAUGCUUCUGCGCCGUCGCCGCCUGCGCAUGCAGCUACUGCCGCCACAUAAUUGUUAGGUGUACUUUAUAAACCCAAAGAAAUUUAAGUGGACUGACUCGGGAUUGCACGAGGAUUUGUUAUAACGGAAAGGCCUAAUUUAGUAUAUAGUUUUGUGAUUGGCGAUUACGACUUUAUUACACCUACUUUUCAACCCAACUAUACAAUUUUCUACUAGAAGUAUACUAUUUCUAUAUUGGAUUAUAUGAAGACAUUUUUUGUUAUACAUUAAUGUACAUUUUUUUUCUUGCGAAGCUAAGGUCUCUACUAAAGUGCAUAGUGGAUGAUCAUUAAUCAUCAAAUUUUUUGUAAAUUUAACAUUGGAUUUCGGCAUGAAGUUUGGUUUUUCGCAAGUAAAUUUAACACUAAUAAUAUUGGUAAUGACAAGCGAUGCAAUGUUCUAAUGUUUAGUUUUGUUAGAUUAUUAAUAAACACUAUUUUUCGACCACUGUAAGAAUGAUUGACAUUCUUACAGUGGUCGAACAAUUUUGACUUGACACUUUCAAAUCAUGCCUCCAGACGUGCAUUACAAAAUGUAAUACAUCUAUUACAAAUUUUUAAUUACGCCUAAAAUAGCAUUUGUUUUUUUUAAAUAAUCCAAUAUUAUCCAGCAAACAAAGAAAUAGUAUAGUUAUUUUUGUAUCUUACACAGUAUUUGAAAUCUAUCAGUAUUGAAAACCCUAUUUUCUUACUAUCUCAACAUAUCAGUGACGUAAAGUGCGUUCUCAAAUAGAUGAGAAGUAUAUGCUUAACAUCUUACAUCGAAUUAGAGGACUUUAAUAGGCUUAUUGCUAGACUUUAGAUAAGUAGGCUUAAAAUUUUAACUAUCAUCGAAACUUGUUUGGACUUUGGGACUGUCUGGAUAACAAAUAUAACAACGCUUCAUCGGGUUAAAACGCGUUUAAAUUUUACAUUUAUUUUGGAGCUGGCAAGUUUCGAAAAUAAUCGUAAAAUUGUAAUUAAUGAUUUUUAAUCUGGCAGUGAAAUGUGAUAUUCGCGUUAAUGAGAUUUUUUCAGUCUGGAAGUCUGUUAACACACGUGUGUGACUUUACCACAGACCUCACAACAAUAUCAUUGUCUUGCUUCUGUUAAAGUUGCAAUAUAGUUCUCAUUGCUUUAUAUUAAGGUUGCGUUUGGUAUAGCAUCUUUAAAGAUGUCAAAAUUAAAAAAAAAUAUCUACAAUAGUAUUAUUGUGAUGUUUGUGUCUCGUGACUAAAAUUGAACUAAUUCAUCGUGUUAGCUUAGAAUAGUGUGAAGUUGUUUCUAUUAUGAUAAUGCUAAACGUGCCUAAGUUAUGUGCAUCUUACCACUAUUGGUGACAGAAAAAUUUAAGAUUAAUUUUUUUUUUCUGUGCAUAAAAUCUAGUUAACGAAAAUAAAAGCCUAUUUUUAAAGGGCGGAGGCAGAAAUAUGCGUUUUAACAGAACUUCUAUGGAGAAAUUCUUAAUGAUUCGCAUUUAGAAAAACUAUUUCGACCAAAAAAUAAUAAUUUUUACAGUCAAAUAAUAGUUUUUCUGUCUCUAUCGGGUAAGUAGUGUAUAGUAGCUUCUCUUAAGACUCUAAUAAUGUUAACUUUGUGUAUCGAAUGUUUGUCGUCCGUCAUAAAAUGUGCCAAAAUCAACGAAAAACUAUAUCUUCUCCUUGAAUUUAUGGGUUCUUGUUGGGCAUUUCAUUGUUUGAAAUCAGUGUUAUACGCGGUUGUCUAUAUACCUGUCUCUUUUUAGCACAGCGUUAACACAAUGUUAUAGUAAGAGACGGGUCUAUUUCUGAAACGGCUUAAAGGUUUCAUUUUUAUGAACAUGCAAGUACUUUGAAAUACUUUGACAUUUAUAAGAGUUAUUUCGCAAUAUAGAAAUCGGAUCUUUACUCGUCUUAUACGCUAAAUGCCUCAUAAUCUAGACUCUGAUUUUAUUAUAUUUUUAUAGUUACUGAUACUUUGCGAAUUAUUUCUUGCAUCACAUUAGCUUAAAUCAAUCUUAUGAAUAUCAUUCUAUUCGUUAUUACAAUAGAUAAAUAUUUUCGUUAGUAUAAUAUAUAUUUGGAAUUUCAAUUUUACUAUAUGAAUUUUUAUGUAUUUAUUGUAAUAUAAUUAGCGCAAUGUUUUACGCGUCUUAAUAAAAUUUAGUUUAUUUUUGAUAUUCAGAAAUUCUAUUUUUCCUAUAAUGUUUCCUCAAAGGAAACUGAAUUUUCAUAACGAUACAAUGUAAAAAUUCUUCGUCACGUGUUGUGUCAUUUUAUUAAAUAGCUUAGAAUCGGAACUUCAUAAAGAUAGACAAGUAGUUCUAAAGUUUCUUGCAAUUUUUCGAUUAUAUAAUACUCUGAUAAAGGUUUUUCAACACGAUUUUUUUAACCUUUAGGGUGCCAACCCUGACGGGCUUGCUUGGCGCUUACGGAUCUGAUAGUAAGAAUAUUUACAGCCAAGUUCAUGAUUUUAUUCCGUCUUACUAAGCGUGUUAUCUAGGACAAGUGAAAAGCCAGCCCGUCAGUAAAGACAUAGCCUUAGACAGUGUCUAAUAUAGCAAUAAUUUAUUCGAGCACUUCAUGUGAUAAUCACUCGUACGAGUGUUGCUUACAACUCAUUUGACGUCCUCUAUACGUAGAAAAAUAUUAUUAGACAAAUAUUUAAUGUAAGCGUAAAUAAACCCCAUUUUAUCGAAGUGUAGUUGUCUCAAUAUAGUCAAUAAAGCUGUCGCAUACAUGUUUUUAGAGUAAUUUUUACAUUGCAAUGUGGCACACCGCAAACGUUUUACACUGUGUUAAUCAGACGAUAAACACACGAAUCUUAAUGGUCGCUCAGAAGAUGAUAGCUAUGAAGCUUCAUAUGAUAUAAUUUAUUUAUAAACAAUAUCCAUCCUUACAGACUAAUUUCGUAAUCGGGUCUAAACGUGGCAAUCGCAUCGGUCUAAGGGCAGCUUUUAGCAGCAAUAAAAACGAUUGCAGAUCAACCCAAUUACUUGAAUAUAACGCAACAAAGAUACAAUCUAAACGAAAUAUUUUUCAAUCACUUUCAAAGUCACACGAAAAAAGGGACCAUUAAGCCUAAAUAUCCCUACAAACCGCACAAAAACGGUGUGUCAUAUUACGAUGAAUAUAUAAACAUUUGAAUAAUGAGGGCAGUAAGUAAGUAUAUAAUCGCAGUGUUAGUGUUUUGCAUGUUAUGAGGCGUCUCAGCAAUAAUUACUAGACCAAUAUUUAGAUCGUUUUACAUCGCUUUACAAAUGUUUGUCUUAAUAUUGUAUAAAUAAUUUGUAUGUUUUGGUAGGUUACCAUUUUGUUGGGUGUUAUUGUGAAGUUCAGUAAUAUUGGUGUUAAGAAGACUGCCUAAUUUACUCAAUAGUGGUAAUAAUUAUUGCAUUGCUUAUUAAGCGAUGAAUUUUCUGUGGCAAACACGAUUAUUUAUUUUAAAUGCAUGGUACAUUUAAGUGAAGCGUACAUCGUAUGUUGUAUUAGCACAGUAUUAUGUUAUGAAUGCCAUAAUGUAUCAAUGGAUUAUCACCGUUUAUUUAUUGAACGGUUUCUGUUUUUAUUUUACUAUUAUAAUUUGUACAUUAGCUAUCGAUUUGUUUGUCGAUAAAUUAUUAAUCAUUAUAUUUGAUUUGCAUGCGUGUACAGUACAUUAUGUGUGUCGAGAUUUUUUUUAUAAUUAUUUGUAAUAUAAAUAUAGCACGUU